GGUCCAGCCACUGUAUUCUGACAGCUGUUGGGAAAAGACUCGGUCCCCAUUACUUUGCUAAAAGCACGUUUUUCAUUUUACGCGGUGCCGUCACAUUAGGAAAUAGUUUUUUAGAAUUUUCUGGACCGGCUUUUCAGUAAAUAUGACGGCAUUCAGCCAUCCUCUUCUCAAGGUUGUGACAGUGUUAUCCUGCUAGUUAGCUUUAGCUAAGGAUGUCCAUAAACAACUUUAACCAGGCACAUUGACAUACAUUUAUUGUAUCUAAGCCAAAGGUCGCUACAGUUGAUUUGUCAUGUUUAUCAGAACUGUUCAGAUUCAACUUUCCGCUCUCUUGCAAAGGAGCAGGCAAGUCUUGUUGAACUAUAGCAAACUUGAUUUGACAAGCAAGCAGACCUUCUCACAUGGGCAAUUUCUGAGAGCAGUUUCCACAACGUGUUCAUUAUGUGGAAAGACCCGUAGAUCUCCAAACAAAAGCGAACUCUCAGAGAAAAAGCUGACAAGACACUUCGUGGAUUAUCGAAGGGUGAAGUUUGUGGCAGGUUCAGGAGGAAAGGGGGCCUGCACCUUCCACAGCGAGCCCAGGAAAGAAUGGGGAGGGCCCGAUGGAGGCAACGGAGGAGACGGUGGUAGUAUCAUCCUGAAAGUGAACAAACAGGUGAAGUCCUUAUCAGCUGUAGCAGCCUUGUACUUAGGUGACAACGGAGAAGCAGGGGGUAGCAAAAACUGUUACGGACGCAAUGGAAAAGUCACCUUAAUCCCAGUGCCAGCGGGUACUAUUGUGACGGACCAAGGAAAGGUGUUGGCCGACCUGUCGGCGCACGGCCAGGAGUACGUGGUGGUGAACGGAGGUUCCGGCGGGAAGGGCAACCGCUUCUUCCUGUCCAAUGAGAACCGUGCGCCCAUGACGUCGACGCCCGGCGAGCAGGGUGAGGAGCGUGUGCUGCAGCUGGAGCUCCGCACCAUGGCCCACGCUGGACUGGUCGGGUUUCCAAAUGCGGGAAAAUCCUCUUUGCUGAGGGCCAUCUCCAAUGCCAAGCCAGCCGUGGCAGCGUACCCUUUCACCACCCUCAACCCGCACGUUGGCAUUGUCAAGUACAGGGAUCACGAGCAGGUGGCAGUGGCCGACAUCCCGGGCCUGAUCCGGGGCGCCCACCUGAACCGCGGCCUGGGCGUGUCCUUCCUGCGCCACAUCGAGCGCUGCCGCUUCCUGCUCUUCGUGCUGGACCUGUCGGACCCCGCGCCCUGGGACCAGCUGGAGCACCUGCGCUUCGAGCUGGACCAGUACGAGCCGGGCCUGUCCCGCCGGCCACAGGUGGUAGUGGCCAACAAGCUGGACCUCCCCCAGGCCCGGGAGAACCUGGAGGCCCUCAGGGACCGCAUAAACCCCCACAGGGUGAUCGCCGUGUCGGCCAUGACAGGCCAGAACACGGAGGAGCUCAUCCUGCACCUGCGUGAGCUGUACGACGGCUACCUGCAACAGACAGCAGGUGGUGCCAGUGAGCACACGCCAAUGCUCACAUGGUAGCCGACCCAUUGAUGGAAUGUAGGCAAUGCCCUUAUUUCUUUAUUUUAGGUGGAUGGGCUGUAUGUCUGGUUUGCUUCCAAUGGUCUCACUGAGAUCAGGUGAGAUAUAUGAACAGUGACUUGCAUAUUGUCAUCCAGAUAUUGUAACAUUUGUGGCAGAACAAAGACGUAAAAGCAACCCCCUUCCCCAUUUAAUGGUGGAAACUUGCCAUCAUAUGAAGCUGGCCAGCCAGUUGUAAAACAGACAGUUGAAUGUCAGAAAUUUGCAGGUAUUGGCAAGACAUCAAGUGGGAUCUUGGACUCAUGGACUUGACAGCCCACUUGAUUUUGAAAAGUACACUAUUUCAUCCCCACAGCACCUGUGUGUGGAAGGGCUGUUGUCCUCUGAUCAGUAAUUGUGUAUUGAUUAGCUGAGUGAAUGACGAGAGGAAGUAGACCAUGAAUUGCAUUUCAUUUCUGGUUUAAGCAUGGUCCUAUAGUUGAUGAAGUCAUUUUCCGUUUAUGACAUUGUUCUAAUGUCUUGGAAAAGCAGAAAAGAAAGGUUUGGUGUUAUGAAAAAAAUGUCUAUGAAAUUGUAUAUUUAAGAAAUAAAUUUUAUUUUUGUUA